AUGGACGACAACUUCAUCCACCGCUACAUGGCCGAGUCGCUGUUCUUCGACCAUAGCACCAACAAUGGUUUCUUCAUCGCACAAGCUCAGACAGAUCGAUACAUGUGGGAAACAAGCUUGAAGCGAAAAGAAUUCGAAGCGUUACUCAGAAAUAAAGCCGGCACGGAGUACAUGAUUGUCGGGGAGCCACAACCUGUGGCGGACAAGACAUUGGCUGCGCAAGGCGUCAAGACAGGGAUAUACGUGGUCCGCAAACAAGAACGGCAGAGUGUGAAAGACAAGUCGCAACGAAGCUAUGCGCCAGGCGUAUCCCACGAGGGCAAUUGGGAGCUCACCACUUUGGCCACGUACUUCAUUGUGGGCGAGCAGAUCUAUCAAGCACCUAGUGUGUUUGAUGUUGUGGGAAAUCGCUUGCUGUCCGCGGCCAGCAGUCUGAACAAGGCGGUGGAGAUCGCAAAUGACCUCCCUCGAUACACGCCAGCGACUGGCUACCACUACCUUCCGCAGACUGUCAAGCGCGCGGCGAAUACUGCCGGCUCCGUUGCGGGCUCUCCGGUAGGAUCGCGAGAAGGCAGCGUUGUGCCUGGUGUUGAUUCGCAAUCUGUAAGAUCUGGAUCAAUACUAGCUGAUACAUCGCUUCCCGCCGCGGCACCCACCACGAGCUUCCAGGAAACACGCCUUCUUCGCGACUCUUUGAGACUGGCCUUCCAACAUGGAGACGAGUAUACGGAUGAGAAUCCGCUAUCAGGCGAGCCAGGUUCGUUGAAAUUCGCAACCUCAAAUGCGGCUGUCAAGAAGCGCAGAGCAGACGAAGAGGCGGCCGUGGCCAAGGCUCGUGCUGAAAAGGAAUCUGCGACGACGUCUCGCGCAGUAUCGCCCAAAGUGGAGAAAGUCCCAUCGCCGCCUGCAGUCUUCACAGAGGCGAAGACUACGGUCAAGAGUGAGAAGAGCGGUAAGCAUAAGAAUGGCGACAAGAUCAAGCGGAGGAAGAGCAGAGUGAAUGGCACUGCCACGAGUCCGACUACGCCUGCCAGUGCAACUAGUGCAAAUGCGCCGAAUUCUGCCAUAUGAGCUGGUCACUGCUGGUAGGGCAGUCCAGGAAGAGCAGAUCUUGCAGUCUGCUACCACAGUCUGCUCUACUGAGUACUCCACUGUUCUGUGGGGCCCAUGAAACGCAGCUCGAGACCACCUGGCUCCAUGGCACAACAGUCUUUGGAUCAAGAUUCUCCCCACCAGGUCUUACGCCCCUGGAUUCUGGGGAAAUCUGUACCAGUCCAGAGACAUGCAAUGCAACCCCAGAGAUCUGCAUCGCUUUUGCCGACAGAACGGAAGCCGCUUGCGGCCGUAAAUUGGGAAGUCCGAUUCGGCACUGGGCGGAGACGUGCAAGCCGCGAAGCCUUACGUAAAUUUCGAGAUCUUCCCGCAAAGAGAUGCCUCUCUGAGCUGGCGUCUCGUGCAACAGGCCGAUUCCAAAGCCACAUCAAAUUCGGGCACGAUCAGAAGCCAUGGCAUUUCCAAUGGCUACAGGGGCAAAUGAUGGAAAGU